AUGAAAUACUUAGCUGCUUACUUAUUAUUAGUGCAAGGUGGAAAUGCUUCACCAUCAGCCAGUGACAUCUCAUCAUUAUUGGAAUCAGUUGGUGUAGAAGCUGAAGAAUCAAGAUUAUCUACCUUGUUGAAAGAGUUGGAAGGUAAAGAUAUCAAUGAGUUGAUUGCAGAAGGAAACACUAAAUUCGCUUCAGUCCCAUCAGGUGGUGCUGCUGCUUCAGGUUCAGGUUCAGGUUCAGGUGCCGCUGCUGGCGGUGCUGCUGCCGAAGAAGCAGCUGAAGAGGAAAAAGAAGAAGAAAAGGAGGAAUCUGAUGAUGAUAUGGGAUUCGGUUUAUUCGAUUAG